AUGUCGCAAAAGAAUCAGCAGAAGGCGUCUCCGGGGGUCCUUGCUAUCAACCCGGCGGCGACGCAGAAAGCUGCUCCUCCGCCCACACCCAAGGGCCACUCCAGCAAAGGAAAUGCCCCCCGCCUAAAGCUGCAUGUGAGACGUCUGCCCCCCGGCCUGACACAGGCUGAGUUCGAGACAACGCUGGGAGACUUCUGGAAAGUUGGACGAGGGAAAGUUGACUGGUUUCUCUUCAAGGAGGGGAAGGUUUCUACCGACCCAUCGAAACCAUCACGUCCCGGAAGGGCGUAUCUACGAGUUACCUCGUCAGUGACUAUCCCCGAACUCUCGGAUGUGAUCCGCCAAACCACAUUUCACGAUGCUCGAAAUACCUACAAUGAUUCCGCCCUACUUGGACCGCCGACCCUGGAAUAUGCCCCAUUUUCCCGCGUGCCUAGUGGAAAAGUUCGAAACGAUGCUCGUGUAGGCACUAUCGACCAGGAUGCGGAAUUCAUAGCCUUCCUCGAGAGUUUGACCAACCCAGUCACCAAGCCGUCUGAGGAAGAGACGACCGAGGCAGCAGAUAAAGUGGAAAAACCAACGAUCACCCCACUCAUCCAAUAUCUAAGAGAGAAAAAGGCAAACAAGGCAAAGGAGGUCGCUGCUGCAAAAGCAGCCAAGCAGGCCCGCUCAGCUGCUGCCAAAGAGAGCAAAAGUGAAAAGUCGAUCGGGAAGAAACAGCUCCUCAGCCGUGCAGACAAGUCAACUUCGGAGAAGCAGAAAAAGGACAAGGCAGCCAAGGAUGUUGCUGUUAAGGAUGCCGUAAAGGCCGCGAAUAAACAGGCUGCAAACGGAUCUACCAAAGCUGAAAACAAAGCUCUCGCAAGCUCUGUCAAUCAACCACCCCAAGCAUCUCCAGCACCAGAACGGAAGAGAGAAAGGGGAAGCCUCACUGCAGCUACCAAAAUAUUACGACGUGAUUUGGGCCUUACUACACCUACACGAAGAAGGGAUAAGGCUGGUCAGGCUUCUUCUUCUGGCUCGGGCGGUAACGCUACAGCAGACAGUGCAAAGAAGGACCAACAACCAUCAAACUCAAAAUCAGAAUCUAAUAAUCCUGCUCCUUCCCCCAAGGGGAAGAACGCCGCCGAUUCUACGCCCAAGUCUGCACCGAGCAAACAAUCUAAAGGUACCCCACCUGCAGAGCCAGCAGCUCGAAAUAAUGCAGCUGGCAAGAAGGCGGCAACUACUCCAAGUACUCCAAAUACGAAAGCAUCAUCAAAUCCUGCGGCCCAAAAGAACCAACAACAGUCCUCUCAAUCACCAUCAUCAAAUGGAACGCAGGCAUUCCUCAAACACGCCAAUCCUUCCCAAGGAGUAACGGAAGAUCUCCUCCAGAAAGGAUUCUCACAGUUUGGCAAAGUCAUACGUGUAGAAAUUGACAAGAAGAAAGGCUUCGGAUACGUCGAUUUUGCCGAGCCGGCAAGCCUUCGGAAAGCUAUUGAUGCAAGCCCCGUGUCUAUCGCCCAAAGCCAAGUAGUAGUGCUGGAACGGAGGACAUCUGCCGCUGUAGCACAGAACAGAGGUCAUGGCAACCGUGGCGCCGGCGCCGGCGGUGGUAGUGGAGGAGGAGGCGGGCAGGGUCCGGCUCACGCGAACACCCAACAACAGCCAUCACAGCAAGGGUCGAGACCAGCACAGGCCGGAUCUUCACCUACAGCUGCAGCUGCACCUCCACCUACAACAUCUCCUGCUUCUCGUGGGACUCCGGGUCCUCGUGGUAGAGGCACUCGUAGGGGAUAUGGCCGUGGAGGCGCUGGAGGACGUGGUAAAUAG